CCAAAACGGGGACACGCUAGAUGGUGCCCCUGCGCUGCUGCCACCGCUUCGCCCUCCUGCGCCUGUUCUCCUUCCUCUCCAUGGCGGCGUCCCAGCAACCCGGCAAAACCCUCCUCCGCCCCAACCCCUCGCCUUCCCCCGCCGGCUCGGCGCCCAAGAGGUCCAGGACGAUGGCCACGGACACGGCGGCGGCGGCGGCGGCUGGUCCUCCGGCCUCCAAGGGAUGCCCGGCGAUGAAGGCCGAGUUCGCUAAGCACGCCGAGUACCUCAAUGCCCUGAAUGAUAAGAGAGAAAGGCUUGUGAAAGCAAGUCGGGAUAUUACAAUGAAUAGCAAAAAGGUCAUCUUUCAGGUUCACAGAAUCAGUAAAGUUAACAAGGAAGAGGUUCUGUCCAAGGCAGAAAAUGAUCUUGCUGCAGUGGUUAACCAAUACAUUGGAAAGUUAGUAAAAGAAUUACAAGGAACUGACUUCUGGAAGCUCAGAAGAGCCUACACCUUUGGUGUACAAGAAUAUGUCGAAGCUGCAACGCUAUGUAGAUUUUGCAAGACUGGCACACUAUUAAGUCUUGCUGAAAUCAAUGCUUCUUUACUAGCACUAAGUGAUAAAUCUGUUGAGCCCUUACAAAUAAAUGUACUUGACUAUCUUUUAGGGGUUGCUGAUUUGUCAGGAGAGCUAAUGAGGCUUGCGAUAGGCCGAAUAUCUGAUGGGGAAGUUGAAUAUGCAAAAAAGAUCUGUGCAUUUGUGCGUGACAUUUACAGGGAGCUGACCCUUGUGGUGCCUCUAAUAGAUGACAAUAGCGAGAUGAAGAAGAAAAUGGAGGUUAUGCUGCAAAGUGUUGUGAAAAUAGAGAACGCUUGCUUCAGUGUUCAUGUGAGAGGUUCUGAGUACAUUCCUCUACUUGGAUCAUCUGCAGAUCCAUACUCCUUUUUUGGUGCCUCAGACUUUGACCAAUGAAGGCUCGAAGCAAGAGUGCCUAACUGAGUGUUAAAUGAGCAACUUCCGAAGAGAAUAGUUAUGUCAAGGCUAGUUUUAGGUUCCAUCCUGUUUAUUGUUUUAUUUUAUUGCAGGUUUAUGUUGCACGCCCUAGAGUCUGCAAAUCUUGGCUCUACCUGGUAAUCUUGAGAAUCAUGUUGCAAGACUGCCUUUUGUGUUUAAAUUGUGGCUGUUGACGGCAGCCUUCUUGGCCUGCGCCAACAUGAUGCUAUUACUGCGGUCAAACUACUGAGUAUGUCAUGGUCACCAUUCGCCAA